UCAUUGGCCAUCGGCUUGGAAUUCCGUGCGCAUAUCUCUCCCCCCACAUAAUCUUCCUUUGGUGAGUUACAGAGAAGCCCGUUCGCUUUUUUUAUUAUUAUUUUCUCCUCAAUGGCGUCCUCGCGAUCAAUUAUAUGGUCACCCCAUCCCGACUCCAACAGGUUUCUAGUGAGCGGAACAGAGCUCAAACUAUACGAAUGGAUUCCAGCUACUUCCGACACGCCCGGCAGUGCACACUUUAUAUCCAACAUACCAAAAAUUGCUCUGGUUAUGUGUGCGGACUGGUCUCCAGACCCAUAUCAACGUGAUUUGAUCGCCGUUGGUCUUACAACAGGUAGAACUGUGCUUGUACGCAUGCAAAAUGAUAUCAAUUUGGAUUCGCCUUAUCCAUCAUCCGCGGACGGUCCCAUUUCAUCCAAUGCUGGCUAUCGAAAUACUGCAAGGAAUAAUAUCACUUCUGCGGCCGCCAACAACAACAACAAUGCUACCAUUGCAUCAAAGCAAUACCCAGUUUUAGGCGUAAAAAUGUCGCGUCCUUGCAACGUCGUGUCGUUUUCUCAAUCACAUCCACAUUUGCUUGCUUGUGGAUUGGAUAAAGUGCGUAAUGACCCAUGUCUCUUAGUCUGGGAUGUGUCACAAGCAUUGGACGGCUAUUCUGCCGCAGAUACACCGACAGGAAUGCCAGGCACACCGAACUUGACAGAACGGUCUAGGAUGAAUAGUUUUGGCAUGGAUACAUCAACGCCUUAUCCAUCAUCAACAUAUCGUGAACAACGUCCAAUUCAACAAUACGGAUCUUCAGAAGCAAUUGCAUCUUGCGCUUGGUCAACCAAUGGAGGCUCUCCAUUAUUAAUUGCUGGCAUGGGAUACAAGUAUCUGCGUGCAUAUGAUAUUAGAGUCGACUCCAACUCUAUACCACUGCAAUUCUCAACCAAAGCUGUAUACGGUGCGACCGUUGACCCGUUCAAUCCUUACCGAUUAGCAACCUAUAAUGAAGAAGGUGUUAUUAGGUUGUGGGAUCUUCGACAAACCAAUGAUUCAGUCCUAACCUUAAAUUCAGAAACUAACAGCAGCGGCAGUAACUCCUCAAAGCACAGUCUAUCCAAAAUUGCAUUUUCACCAACCAGGCCUGGAUUAUUAGCAUCACUAUCACGGGAUUCGACUAGCGUUAAUUUAUGGGAUAUUCAAGAAACAUGCACCCUCCACUCGGCAUUAGCACCCACGACCUUUACCACAACGAACGCAUCAACGACAGAUUCUGCAACAUAUAAUAAUAAUACUGCUUCUAACGUCUCCGGUUUCAAAACCAUCACAGCCUUGGCAGGUUCAAAUUACCCAGAUACACAUGAUAAUAGUGCACUUCAUUAUCACCACCAUCACCAACAGCAGCAGCAGCACGCAAAGGCAGAUGAUGCAGGGUUUGCCUCAGUUGGCGUUCCGGUAUUAUGGCGAAGUAGAGAAUCUGCUGCAAGCUCCAAACCUAUCACAACAUUUAACUUUAUACCCAAUAUGCAUUCCUUGGACGAUCCGCAUGGACAGCGCAGCACGGUGCCGAGUAUUCUAGCCAUGCAUCGGGAUGGACAGUUUGAAGGGAUCGACCUCGAAGAAGCGUCCAAGAUGACUUGGCGACCGACAGGAGGCAUGAUGGUUACCAAUGGAAGCGAGUUGCUAAGUUGCGGUGGUAUCAAUAGUAAUAACAACAACAACAGCACGUGUCGUCAAGCAAACAUUUUUGAACGCCACAACAACAUGCAUGGAGAGCUGGCAAAACUAAAUAUCACUGACGAACGAGCGCGGUCGCAAAGCAAUGAAACGUAUGUACCAACAUAUGAUGUGCAUGAACUACGUUGCCUUCCUGUCGAGGUAACAGGUGCCGUGGCCGAGAGCUUAGCGAACGACAUUUCUGUUAUAAUGCAUAAACGGGUCAAGAUGGGUUAUUCCAUGGAGUAUCAAAAGAACAUUAGUGUCGUAAAAGGUGACCAUAAAUUGAGCGAAUUAUGGUCCUGGAUACGAGGGGCGGAUGAGCUUGCUCGGACUGGAAAUGUCGAUUAUUCCUAUCAAGGUGUAUACUCUAUAUGGAACGGUCUAGACACUGGAAUGUCACAGAAUCGCAAGUCAUCGUCAAUGAGUAAAAAUUUCAAUACUAUGCGAGGACCACCACCAUACGAUCAAGAAAGUGCUCGAAGGAACACGGGUAACAAAUUAAAAAAUUCAAAUGCUACAGCAACAGCAACGACAGCAUCAGAACGAGAAGGGGGUGCGCUUUUCAUGGUAUCAACACAAAAACGUGCACAACGGGAACUUGCUUUGAAAGUAUGCGGUUUUGAUUACACUCAAAGCGAGCUUGAACAAGAGCUUGUUCGUCUCGAAUCACGCGGUGAUUAUGAUCAGGCAACAGGCUGGGCAUUCUUUUGUGGUCUGACGAAUCGUGCUAUUGAAGCUCUUGGAAGUGGACGUGGCUCAGGACAUGAUGAACAACAGCGCAAGUUAAUGUCGGCAGUGAUGGCAGGUUUCCAACCGGGAGCAGCUGCUGUCAACCCUACGUGGCGAGAACUUUGUGAAUCUCUUAGCCAGGAUAUGGUGAAUCGUCCUUACUUAAGAGUGAUAUUUGCAUAUAUAUCUUCGAAUGAUUGGUACCGAGUUCUUGAUGAGCCAAGACUUUCUUUGAAAGAACGAAUAGCUGUUGCGCUACGAGUACUUGAUGAUGAACAGUCAAUACCUAGAAAGAUCUACCGAACGGGUCAUUGAAGAAGGUGAUGUAGAGGGUGUGCUGCUUACCGGUCUUACCCUCCGGGCAGUAGAUCUUUUCGAACAA